AUGAAUGAGCACAAACAAAAACUCAGAGAAGUCCAGAUUCUUCUACACAGACUGUUUGGAACAUCCAACAAGGAGAUAAGAAGGAUUUUAGAUGAGUUACCAUCAUCUCCGACAUCGGAAGGUAUUUUAGAUAUAUUUAGGCUUCUCUUCAGCCUAGGAAAGUACAGCAACAGGGAGAUGCUGUGUUUUUUAGAUGCAUUCCAGAGGUUUGUAUCGGCAUGCCAUGUAGAUAUAGGCAGUGUUGGAAGCAAAAUAGUGGAUCUUAAAUUCACACCUUCUGAAAAGGACACGGAUGCUGCCAUUCUCAAGUAUUUUGAGGUUAUAAACACAAUGGCCGAGAAUAUCUCACAAGAGUCCUCGAGGAGCGUGUUCAUCAGGUAUAUGUUUAUACUUUCCCAUAAUGUUGUAAGCAAGGGGGCACAAGGUGAAGUGCUUGAGAGAUUCAAGGUGUUUCUUGAAAAAAAGAAGGAGUUUCUAAGGCUCUUUGCUGAUAGAAAGAUGUACAAGGACAUUGGAUGCACAGAAGAUUUGAUUGCGAAUUUCUGUGACCUCUUCAAUGACGAAGAAAUGGUUGGGGUUGCAUUGGAGUGUAUUUCCCUUAGAGGAUUUGCAAUAAAUAGAACCCGAAGUAGAUAUCUGUUUCAGAUGUACUACCAUGAACUUCCUAGGUGGUACAUAACGGGGCUGCACGAUUCAUUGAUUCCAUAUUUGUAUUAUGUCUUUGAUAGAAUCGGGAUCUAUAGAAACGUUUCUGAAGAAGUAUACAAGGAACUAAGUGGGCAAGAGAUAAUAAGAGCCAUGGAUGAAGACAUGAAAGGCGAGGUUUCUUCUGAAGAGUGCGAUAUACUUACAAACAACCUUGGACAUCGGAGUGUAAUGCAAAACGGAAGAAUGACCGGGGUGAGAGAAGAUAUAAGAAAGUUUAAUAAAACAGGGUGCUUGGAGCACAUGUUUGAGAAAUAUGGAAAGCAGAUGAGCCUUGAGCUUUUGAGGUACUUUGAGGAAACGGACCUGAAGAAAUUGGGAGCCUUUCUGUGCAAGCUCAAGAAUGAGGCUUACUUAAGAAUAUUUGCAGAUACGUUUGAUUUUUUCGAUAUGGCUGUUCUCGAUGGACUCCGAAUGUUUCUUCUUUCUUUCUACCUUUCUGCAGAAGGCCAAGUGAUUCACAGAGUUAUUGAGGUCUAUGCUGAUAAGUACUAUCUGGACAAUGCAGGGAGGUGUACAUUUAUGGAUAUAGAUAAGGAUAACAAGACAAAAGAGUUUGUGUUCAAUCUUUCAUUUUCGUUUCUUGUUCUUAACACAAAGUUCCACAAUCCUAAUGUAAAGGCAAAACCCACGUUUAAAGAUUACAUGAAGGAUUUUACGGCAGAAGAGAUUCCUCUUUCGUUUAGGAUGGAAUAUCUUGAGUCGAUGUACCAAUCCAUCAAGAAGAAACCUUUAGAGUUUCCUGUUAAGAACCAGGCUGGAAGGAACCACUAUAAAGUAUUCAAGAAAAUAUGCAGGAGACUUGGGGAGAUGGCUGGCGAGAAUAUACCUGGAAUGGAAAAUAAUUCUUUUCUUGGUCCUGAGCUUCCGGAGGAUGUAAAGAUCUGUACAUCAUGCAAGAUGGAGGCCCACCGAAAACUGUUCUCGGUAAACUUUAGAAGGUUUCUUCUUCUGGAUCCAAAACCAUUUUAUGAGAUAUGUAAUAAGCUUAGCAUGAUUCAUCCAUUUGAGGAGUAUCUGGAAGUCCACAAGGAAGACACAUUGAAGUUCAUAGAGUCCUUUAUCUAUUACUUUAGAAUGAAAGGAAAUGCAAGUCUUUAUGCCACUCUACUUGAUGUUCUUUCAAAGAUUGAUAAGCAGAGAAGUGGUAGUGUGCUUUCAGACUUCGGGAUUUCGUUUCUGAAGAAUUCUCCAGGAAAAGACAGAAUCCAGCAGCAAUAUAGAGAUGCAUACAGAAAGCUCUCGAAUGCGGAGAUCUGUGACUUAAGCCUUUUGUGCGACGGGCUUCGGAUUUUUCUAUCGAGAGAGAUGCCAGAUGGAUCGCACAGCGAAGAAGAUGUAAGCUUGCAGAGAAGAAAGCAGAAGUCUGCUGGGUUUGUGAGGAGUAUGGUUGUUGAUAUUCUUAAGAAAAACAUUACAAAGGUAGAAGACAUAUCUAUGCUUGAUGAUGAGAGUGUUGCUUCUCUGCUGAGGAAGUGUGUUGAUAUAGGAAACAAGGAGAAAUUCCACCAUAUAUCCAGGUUCUCCACGGAUGAAAAUCUGCUUAGCCUCUUCAGGUGGGUUCUUGAAGAAAGCCCUAAAUUCAUAGACAACGAUAUUCUCGAAGUAUUUAAGAGGAUUCCCAUCUUCAAUGAGAAUGGAUUCCGCUGUGUUCUACUUCUGCAGAACAACGGAUUUGACAUGUUUGAUUUUGUUGUCACAGUGAAAUAUGAAAGUAUUGUCUGCAGAGCAAUCAAUGCUCAGGAAUGGGAGGAUGGAGAGCAACCAGACCAAUCCAGGCUUGAGUUUUCUGUAAAGGAUACAUUAGAAUGCUAUGCCAUCGAGGAGAGAUAUGAAGAAAGCCUGCAGAAUCCUUCGAAUCUGUUCCACUUCUGUAUGUCUUCAAGCUCUGUUCUGAACCAAUCGAAGGUAAGGCUGAUCCAUAAGUCUAGAUGUCCUUUGAAAGAGGAGAUAUUCGGGGCCGAGGAGAUGGACAAAAGACUGAUAUACCUGAUAAAGAAGGCAGACGUGAUGAAUAGCAAGGAUAUAGCCAACUAUGUGCUUUGGAUUGUGAAUCUAUUGUCUUCAAGCCUUCCGCUUCUAUCAAAGUUUUUUCUCCGAAACUUUGGCCUUCUUCUCACCUUGAAGAAUCAAGUAAUGGCAAACAACUUCAUCAAGAUAUUCUGUUCCAGAGUGUCCAAGGCGAUGAGCGGGUCUGAGCUGUGUUGCAGUUGUGGAUAUUCAUUGUUGAAUGAUGUGGAAAAGCUCAUCGAGAUGCUGCGGAAGUAUGAUCUUGCUUCGGAGAAAGAUUUUGAAUUCUACUUCAAUGGAAAAUAUGAGAUGAUAAAGAGUGGAGGAAUCAAGGUUGAUGAUAAAGAUGUGGUUCUAGUAAGGGUUGAGAAGAAUGAAAAUGAUAUAGAUGAAAGCAAUAAGGACACCCUAGAUACAGGAAAGGGAGAUGUGAAGGAAAAGACUGAUAUAGAAACCAAACCUGACUUUCAUUUAUAG